ACAUACUACAUACUACAUUUUGGCCAAAUCAGUACGUACUGCUAGUAUAGUAUGCGGUUUCGGAUACAACCACAGUCUAUGGAGCAGCUCCAGCUUUAUACUUGAUGACAUCACAAGUUAGAGACUUGGUGGUGUUCCACUUUAAUGCUCGCUGCGCGGUGGGCUUCUGACACAACUGUCAACCGGGCCGCAUUGUCCUCAGUGCGAGGGGUUUGCGGCGAUGUCAGCAACCCACCCGACCCGUCUUCAAAUAUGGAGCCCAUCUCUUUUACCAUUCUUUGUGGGUGUGACUUUUUUUCCGUGUCAUCACCGUUCAUAUCUCUACAACCAAUGUGUUUAUGAUUAAUUGUUGACGAGAGCACAAAAUUGUUUAUCUAGCCUUUUUAUUUUACUCUCAAGGUGCACCAGAUUGAUGCAUUUAACUUUAAAAUGUAGCCUACAACAUUUAGGGUGAAUAGAACUGUAUUUUUUCUUAUUGCAAUUUAUAUAUCGCGGGAAAGAAAUAUCGCAAUGUCAGUUUUUCCAAUAUCGUACAGCCCUAGUGUGUAUCCCUCAGGCAUAACGUGUGUUGAAUGCUUACUCAUAAAACACCAAAGCCAAAUUUUGUAAAUUAAAAAAAUCUGCCAUGUUUGCUAGCUUGCAGCCUAAUUCUUGACUUAUUAGCACAUUGCUAUGUUUCUGUGCAUGUUAUCACUACCAACUGUGAGCUGGAGUAGCCUGAAACCGACGACAUCACCUGCGUCACCUAAAUGCUUGCACGUGUACAUGUGCAUGCUACAAAUAAAAUAGGGAUCCACUAGUGAAAACAUAGCUCAGUAGUGCUAACAGUGGUCAAAUACUCCACAGGGUACCUUAAAUAUGUCCGUCUUUAGAAAAUGAUUAUGCUCUUCAUGAAAAAUGUAUUGUUGAGAAAUCAUUUUUUUCUCCUAAAACUGUCAAAUAAAACAUUUUCCAAGUGGAAGCCGGUUGAAAAUGUUUCGAGCAUCUUAUUUAGUCUGAGCAGCCGGGAGCCGCUCCUUCACAGCAGUAAGAAGAAUGAUACAUUUAUGAUAGUAAGCACUUACACAAGGCAAUGUUAUUGCUUCGGGGUUACGAGACGCGCGACAGACAGAGCUGAGAAGCUGAACAAAAGCGGGGGCCUUCCCAAUUAGCAGUUGGCAGUAGAUUAACAGGGUAGUGAUGUCAAAGCUUCUCCCCAGUCCCGCACAGAUAGUGGCUCCAUUCAAGUCUACAGAAUAGCAUUUGCAUAUCGAUGAUACAGAGCAGAGAAAGGGCCGAUGUGUCUGACACACAGCUGUGAUCUCCUUGUAUGAAAGAAAUAUUAUCCCCCCUCAGCCAGCGGGUACUCUCUCCACAUCUGUCCGACGGCUAUGUGACUGAUUAUUUUGGGCAUUCCAAUUCAAGAUGCCCCCAGGAGGCAAGAGGCCAACAAGGGCCUCUGUUUCCUUCAAGCAUCCCCCCUUCCCUCCCCACUCUUGUUUUUCACUUGCUCUCCUAUAGGGAAUGGGGCCCUCUAGAACUAAACAGACCAUCGACAAAAGAUCAUCUCUGAGACUUUAGUCAUAAACUUCUAAAUCAACAGCACAGUCCAUCUUCUAUCUGUCAGUGGGGGGUGUGUGGAGUUCACAGUAAAGGCACCCGGUGCACCGCUAGGCCUCGUUUCCAUGGAGUCAUACCCAACGUCUCGUUGCAACUGAGGCAUGCCAUUCUUCUCCCCGCAGCUAAAAUGUGCUGCUUAUUCUGACUCAGGCUAUUGUGGAGCGCACAAGUGGCUCUCUGAGGAGAAGGGGAUGGAGAGAGAAAGGGUGGGGUCAAGGUUCAAACGAAAGGCUCCCAUUGGGACUCCCUCUCUUAUCAAAUUUGUUGAGACACAAAAAGAGCUACAGUCUCAUUCCUAAGAACAUCUUGAGGGAGAGAAAAGGGGGUUAUAGGACAGCAUUCUUUGUGUCAGAGCUUCAGUUCUUCCAGAGCUCGCCGGUCGGACUCCCAGUCUUCACUCUGCUCCUGCGCUGAUUGUCCAGCAGCUGAAUUGUUCCUAAAGCAGCCAACCUUUUCUUCAAAAAGACCAUUCACUGGAGAGCUCAGCCACCAAAAAUGGAGUCUGCUACAACGGAGCUGCCUUCCCUGCUAUCCAAUCAGUCAGCAGAGAGCUGUGCGGCAGUGGAUACAACGAUUGAGAACACUCUGUUUGGAUGCUUCUACAUUCUGGUUUUCUUUCUGGCGCUGAACGGUAACAGCCUGGCUCUCUGGAUCUUCUCUCACCAGCGGGGCGCUUCCUCUCCAGCUAACGUCUUCUUGAUUCAUCUGGCUGUGGCAGACUUAUCGUACGUGAUCAUCCUCCCGCUGAGGGCCACCUACCACCUCACCGGAGGCCACUGGCCCUUCGGCGAGGUGCCCUGCAGACUGGCGGGCUUUUUGUUUUAUGUCAACAUGUACGCCAGCCUGUACUUCCUGGCCUGUGUGGCGGGGGAUCGCUACCUGGCUGUGGUUCACGCUGUGAGGUCGCUGAAGGUUCGUCGCGCUCGCUACGCUCACAUCAUCAGCUUCUCUCUGUGGGCCCUGGUUACCGUCUCCAUGGCGCCACUGCUAAUCACCCACCAGACUGCAGAGGUGGACGGCGUGACGGUGUGUUUGCAGCUGUACAGAGAGAAGGCCUCACGCAACGCACUGAUCUCACUAGCAGUGGCGUUCACCCCACCUUUCCUCGCCACCCUGUCCUGUUACCUGCUCAUCAUUCACAGCUUGCAUCGGGGCUCCAGGUUAGAGCCGGCCAUCAAGCUGAGGGCCCUGCGCACCAUCGGUCUGGUCAUGCUCAUCUAUGUAGUCUGUUUCCUGCCUUAUCAUAUGAGCCGGGCCACUUUCAUCCUGGGCUACAGCCAACCCGACGUCUCCUGCCAGACACGCAGAGGCCUGAGCUUGGCCAACCGCCUCACCUCCUCCCUCACCUGCUUGAACGGCGCCAUGGACCCACUGAUCUACCUAUUUGGAGCGGAGAAGUUCCGCGGCACUUUAAUGCGAUUGUUUUGCAAAGAUCAGGCGGGGGUGUCAGGAGCCACCAGCGGAGAGUUAAAGGGAACACAUGAGAGCUCUGUGAGUGCCAAGUCUGAGUUUUGAGGAAGAGUAAUUUGAACCCGAUCCGGAGCACUGUUUGAUAGAGAUGCAUUUCCAACACAAACAAAAAAUUGGUCUGUUAAUUGACUGUUGCCUUUUCCUGACUGAAGAUUGAAGGCUCAUUCCACAAUGUGGUUGAUGUGCCACUGUUUUCCCCUUAGCUUGAAUUCAAGGCCCAGUUCCAGUGUCCACCCUAUGUCCUAUUCACCCCCACAGACUUUAACUGACAUACAUCAGAACGGCACAUACUGGUACUUCACAAAAAGUCAUGAUUUAGUUCCCCCUUUCGGAGGAAAGAAAACCGAAGAUCCCAUAGACUUCAGUGAAAUUUGACUUAUGUUUGGAUUGUAAUUUUGACAAAUUAGUAUGCAUUCAUCUCUUGUUAUACAAAUAAUAUUAAAAUAAUUAUUUUGCCAUCUUGCCUGAACCUGAGCGUUGGCGAUACCUUAAUAGAUGAAGGCUGAUCACCACCAUGUCCCUUCAGUCUUCCCCCGUCCAACACAGUGGAGGAUAUUGCUUAAGCAGACUUCUAUACAUAUCUGAUGGAAUCCCGUUAGGCUGAGUGUUCUCUGUGAAUAACCAAGGUGUUAACAACCAACUGUUUGAUCUAUAGGCUGAGAUUCAGUUGGAGACGACAGUCUGAUGCUGCUGUAACGUUAAUGUGUGACUGAAUUACUGCAGCAUCACGCUAACGUUAGCUAGCCAUGCUAGUCACUGUCACCAGCAUCAUUUAGUGAUUUAGCACACUGACUGUGAAUAUUCACGUAUCGUAUGAGACUCAGAUGUCAGUGUGAAAGCCUCGUUAACCCGCUACACAACAGCUUUUCAUCAUUUCCUCUCCUGUGACGGCGAGUUUCUUUCCCCCAAACGAGAGCGCAGCCUCAGAGAUGACACCAUGCUGUUGUGGUCACUCACGCACGUGAUCUGGACCAUGGCAUCCUGUGUCCAGUUAAGUGUGAGACUCAUAUUCUUAAUGUAAUGAACCGAAGAAAAUGUUCCCUGUUUAAAAGCAGAAUUAUACUUUUGUAUCAAAUCAGCAUAGUGGGAAGGCACUAUCACGCCAUUAUGAGACAAACAAGUAGUAUACUUCCAAGAACAUUCCUCCUGCCAAAUUCUUCCAUGUUUUGCUCACGUUUACUUUUUUUGGCUUCCGAAAUUCCACCGUCAUCGCCGUUGAUUUUGAACACACUGGAGGUUAUCCUCAGAAGGAAAGUCUGCAGAGUUGCAGACUCACGGAAAGUGUGCAACCAUAAUCAACAUGAGAACCCUCAAACACUAGCCCUCGCCAUCAAAGCCACCAAAGUCUGUAAGAUUAUGAGGUUCCAGCCGCCUGGAACCUCGACAAGAAUUAAGUUGUUGAGUCUACUGUUACCACAAGCUUCGGAUUUUUGUGUCAAACACCAAAUGAUGAAAUAUGUAAAUAGUCAACUUUUAAUGUAUAUUUCCUGUUACUGUUUUGUAUCCUAUGCCAAAUGUGAUAAAUACUUAUCUUUUAAAAAAAAACUGAUCUAAGGUGUUCUUAGCUGUGCUAGCAGAUCUGGGGAUGGCAAUGUUGGUUGGCCGGUCCACCACUUUGUACAGACUGAUGUACCUCAACAAUUAUUGGAUAGAUUGCCAUGAAAUUACAGAUAUCCAUGAUCACUAGACGUAGCGUCUUGAGAUAACUUCUGUUGUGAUUUGACGCUAUAUCAAAAUGAAUUGAAUUGAAUUGAAUUGAACUAAACAAUAUAUUGGAAUAACUUUGGGGACUUUUUCUGUCACCAGUAGAUCAAAAUGUUACUUUUUUUCAAUACUUUGGUUUAUGACCAAAUAUUUGCAAACAUAUGUGUUAAGUGCUAAUUAGCAAAUGAUGCAUGCUAGCCCACUAAGAUGGUGUGGAUGGUAUACGACUGCUUCAUGCUCAAAAGUAUAGCUGUAAUGAGGCAUUGUUUUUAGCCACACUAGCAGCUAAUCUAUAAAAAUGGCGGUAUGGUGUGUCGUUGGUCCACCACUUUGGUCCAGACUAAAGUAUCUCUGGUACCAACAUUCAUGUUCCCCUCAGAAUGAGUUGUAGUUGUAUGACCAACAUGUUCUCAUCCCAACUCGUCACAUAUUGACGCUUUGUCAGGACACCUUGGCGUCACUUUCUAUGACGCUCCACUACGGUCGCAGUAAACACGUGGUUAAUGUUGUGAAUUCAAAUGAAAACACUUGCUUAGGUUUAGGAAUAAACAUCAUGUUUUAGCUCAAAAUUACUUCGUUUAUAAUGUGAAAAUGAAAAUUAACGACUAACAACACAUUGCCGAUUUCACUCAGGACACAAACAGUGGUCUCCUGGAUGAAAGCCCUGUGCUUGUUGGAACCAUCCACCACCUCUCCCACCCGCCCUUUGUGUGUUUUUUUGCUCUUCAAACUAUAUCACUACACUCCCCGACCACUUACUCUGAGUGUUUGAUAUCGACCCAGAUGAGUUUCCAUUGUAGUUAUUUGAAAGCCCAGUGUGUCUCAUCAGAGACGGUUCAGGGCGGCUCAGAGGGUAGAGCGGGUCGUCCACCAAUCGGAAGGUCGGUGAUUCGAUCCCCGGCUGUCCGGCUGCUCUCGAUGUGUCCUUAAGCAAGAUACUUAACCCCAAAUUGCUCCCAAAAGCAUAGCCAUCGGUGUGAAUGAGUAUUUAGAUCAGAUCCUGAUGGGAAAAGUUGGCACCUUAGCAGCCUCUGCCAUCAGUGUAUGAAAUUGUGUGUGAAUGCUGACAUGUAGUGUGAAGAGCUUUGAGUGGUUGGAAGACUAGAAAAGCGCUGUAUAAAUGCAAGUCCAUUUACCAUUCAGACAGGAGAUGGCGCACUGAGAGUCAGUUUCCUGUAUCUGUGUCUUGCUGCUAGUCUUUAGGAGACUAGCAGCAUGUCCUCAGUCUAUUAAUGCCAAUGGGAAAAGUGAACUUGAACACAGAUUAUGACAGAUUCUUUCACCCCAUAGGGCGCUUUCACAUGCCAUAGUCCGUUUGUCUAGUCCGAAUCACGUCAUGACCACGCCCACUUAGGAGACAGGAAGUGUUUACCAUUUUCAAACCAUUGAUGGAGCUUGUAAUGCAUCAUCUUUGUUAUAGAGCAUCUUUCCUCUCAUACAAACGCUAAAGGGUGCCUUGUGCGUUGGUACCACACGCCAAGGGGUGUGACAAAGUGUAUGUAUUUGAUGCCUCGGGACUGAGAACAGGCUGGUAAGACCAAUACCUGCAAAACCAAUGACAUUCCCAUCAGCCUCGGCUGUGCUUUGCUUUCAGUGCUAAUUAGCGCAUGUUAGCAUGCCAACACCCAGAGCUAAGAUGGUGAACAUGGUAAGUAUCAUACCUGCUAAACAUCAGCAUGUUAUCAUUGUUGUUGUGAGCAUGUUAGCAUGCUGAUGUUAGCAUUUAGUUCAAAGCAGCACUGUGCCUAAGCACAGCCUCUCAGAGCUGCUAGCAUGGCUGUAGACCCUUGGUAUUAUCUCAAUAUAAGGUGUAUUUUAAACCCACUUACAUGUAUUUUCCAUGACUUUUUUCUUCUUCUUUUUUUAAUUACUGGAAGAUACCAGUACUAUGUUUACUAUGCUUGUGCUAGAAAAAUCUGCAUUGUACAUAUAUUCUUCAUUAUCCAGCUCCCUAACUCUCCUAUUCUAUGCAUUUUCUGUUUUGUCCACAUUUCUAUGAUAUUGCACUAUUGCAUGACAAACUAUUAAUCCUAUUUUACUGUGAGUCACUUUGGCUUGACGUCAUCUGCAGAAGAAGUGAUGUUUGCUUAGUAAGAUGUGAGUUAUAAAUGUACUUUGUAAUUUCAAAUUGUAAAUAAUAACUCAGUAAACACAAUGAUUUCAUGUCCUCUGUG